UUUUUUCCCUCUCCUUCGCGGCGGUGGGUCGGAGCGGCGGUAGCCCGGGUCGGUCUAGCACGCCUAGCACGUUCCUUGCGUGAGUCGCAGCGCUUUCAAGUCCGGAACAGUCUUUUUUUGAAAAUAUAAAUACACACAAGUAACCUCCACCGUUACUCUACCGCGGCUACCUGAACGUCAUUUAAAACACAACUCAAAAAAACCCAUCAGACUCCUCAAAAGAUGGCGGUGGUUAGCGGGAUGUCGGGGUCGGCUGUAGCCCGACUGGAGGGCCGAGAAUUCGAGUAUUUGAUGAAGAAAAGGUCGGUGACCAUAGGCCGGAACUCCUCGCAGGGCUCCGUGGACGUCAGCAUGGGACACUCCAGCUUCAUUUCCAGGCGGCACCUCGAAAUUUUCACGGCCGGCGAAGAUGGCACCGGCACAGGGGAAUUCUACCUUCGAUGCCUGGGAAAAAACGGGGUGUUUGUGGAUGGGGUGUUCCAGAGAAGAGGUGCUCCACCUCUGCAGCUUCCACGAAUCUGUUGCUUCCGAUUCCCCAGCACAAGUAUAAAAAUCACCUUCACGGCACUUUCCGCUGACAAAAAGGAGCAGAGGAAUGUGCCCGAAUCGCCGGUGAAGUCUGUGCAACUUCAGAUUUCCCCGCUUACCAUCAACAUUCCAGACAAUAUUGCACAUCUUAUGAGUCCGCUGCCUUCUCCCACGGGCACCAUCAGUGCGGCAAAUUCCUGCCCUUCAAGUCCGAGAGGGGCGGGACUGUCCAGCUAUCGAAGCAGUCGAGUUCUGCCCUCGGACCUUAUGGCAGAUAACUCCCAGUCUGAAAACGACAAGGAAGCCUCCGGCGAAGACAGCCCAAAGGAUGACUCCAAACCACCGUAUUCCUAUGCUCAGUUGAUAGUCCAAGCCAUCACCAUGGCGCCAGAUAAACAGCUGACGCUGAAUGGAAUAUACACCCACAUCACCAAGAACUACCCCUACUACAGAACGGCCGAUAAAGGCUGGCAGAACUCAAUCCGUCACAACCUGUCCCUGAACCGGUACUUCAUCAAAGUAGCACGCUCUCAGGAGGAGCCGGGCAAAGGCUCCUUUUGGAGGAUAGACCCUGCUUCUGAAGGCAAGCUCAUAGAACAGGCCUUCAGGAAACGCAGGCCUCGGGGAGUCCCCUGCUUCAGAACCCCCGUAGGACCCCUCUCCUCCAGGAGUGCUCCUGCGUCUCCUAACCACACGGGGGUGCUAUCCGCUCACUCCAGCGGGGUGCAAACCCCCGACAGCCUCUCCAGAGAGGGAUCCCCUGUUCCCAUGGAGCCGGAGCCAACUCCUCCUCCUCAAGCCCCAACCUCUGUCGCCACACUACAGCCCAAACUUGCUGUCAUCCAAGAGGCUCGCUUUGCACAGAACUCCCCUGGUUCCCCACUCGCUAACCAGCCCGUACUGAUCGCCGUGCAACGCCAGAUGCCUCAAACGACCCUGAAGCCCGUGACGUACGCCAUGGCGACGCCGGCCAUUGUGUCGACAACAGCCAGCUCCACGCCCAGCAUGCAGACGGUGCACGUUGUCCACCAGAUCCCGACCGUCACCAUGACAGCGGCUACAAUGAAAUCCGACCUUCAGGAGAACGGAGGAGGAGACCACCAAGAGCUGAAAGUGAAAGUGGAUCCGGUGACUUCCAUCACAACCUCGUCUAUAGGCGGAGUCGGUCGCAUCAUCCAGAGCUCCCAGUCCACCCCACUGACCACCGUAACCAUCAUGCAGCAGGCUCCACUCGGCCAGCACCAGCUUCCUAUAAAGGCCAUCACGCAGAAUGGAACUCACCUGGUCCCCAUCAAUUCCUCCGCUGGCACAGCCGUUGCCAACCCUCUUCAUCUCCUGGCCACCCACGCUUCGGCUUCCGCGUCCCUCCCCACCAAGAGGCAAAACGGUGAGCUGCAGGAGCCGCCGGCGACCAAGAGGGCGAAGACGCAGGAAAGCGACAAGGGGGAGGUGCCGGCCGCCAACGGUAACGGUGGCUGCGCCGCAGACGGAGCUGGAGAAGAUCCGGUUAGCGAAGCGGUGCCAAAAGAGAGAAGAGAUGACUGGAGAAUGUUCCCUUUCCACGUGGAAUGAAAGCCCUAGCAGUUAGCCUCCAAGCACAGGAAAAGACGAACGAGUCACAAUCCACAAUCCCGGAUGACUUCUUUUGGACUGAAGCCUCAGCCCUGGUAGCAUCUCAGCACUUAUACGUUUGUGUCGGAAUGGAACUCGCCACCGAGAGGAAGCGUGCGGACAUUCCCAUCUUCGGCAGCUAGCCUAACCUUUGACCCGCUUGUCGUUAAAAAAAAAAAAAAAUGCAUCUUUGGACCUCCAUCUCUCUAAGGACAGCGGUCCAUUAGUCGAGUCUUCACGAACACUAAAAUAACAACAAAAAAAUAUCACUAAUUAUUUUUUGUAUGUAUACUUUGUUCGGUGAAAUGAAUGUAGUCGCCUUUAUUGUUUUUUUUUUUUAAAGAGUGGAUUCUCUUCUACUCAUUCAUGCAAAUUUGUUUUUCAACCGCUGUACAUGCAAAGACUUUUGUCAUAUUUUACAAGAAGAUAAAAACAGAGUAUAUUCCUGUGCGUAUUUGACCGUAUGCUUCAUUGAGAUUGCAUGUUAACACAUUUAGAGAUACAAUGUACCUGAGCUCAUUAUAUAUGAAAUAUGGAAGACAAGAACAUUAAGACUCCAUCUAUUGCUUCUUGAUUCUGACCACUGCUGCACUUGACCCUCUUUUUAGUUGCUUUUUUUUUUUUUU